AUGCAGAUAUUGUUAAAGAGGCGCACUUCCUGGAACUACACUUGGAGCAGGAAUGGCGAGGUACCGUACGACAACCGUACCCUCCGCUGUCUUGUGAUAUCGCCCGCUGGCCGGCCGAUCUACAAGUAUGAAUCACCCUUGGAGCUGCUCAUGGUGCUUCGCGAUGCAAUAAAGACACAUCAGUCUCUUUACUGGGAUGGGAACAUCCUUCAUCAGGAUAUUUCAGAAAACAACAUAAUAAUCACUGAUCCAGACAAUGCGGAUGGUCACUCGGGCAUGCUAAUCAAUCUAGAUCUUGUCAAAGAAGCUGGAAGUGGGUGA